ACCAGGCCGAACUGCGACCACUUGGGGCCCUCGUGUCUGCGUCCAUUCGUGCUAUCUCGCGCGAGUUCCACAGACGCCCGGCGGGGUGACCCCACGUAAACUCAGCCCCUCUUUCCCAGUUCAUUCAUUUAACCAACCAGAAAAUCUCUCGAUCUCCUAGUUUAUGUCAUGCUAGUCAUUGGCAAUACAGUCCUGAUGUAGACAACCGUGUCCCCGCGCUCUUGGAGCUUCUGUUUCACUGGGAAUGAUAGACGAAAACCAAAUGUGAUAAUUCCUGUGAAGGAAUUAUGGUAUGGAGGACACCUGUGAGGGUCUAACUUUGGAAAGGGUGAUCAGCACGGAGUGGGAAGCGCUGAGAAAGGGAGGAAUCAAGACUGAUCUGGCAGGAGCAGCAUUUAUGGAAAUGAGGCCUGGCCUGAAAGGGUGACAGAGGCUGGAACCCGGCUCAUCUCUCCAGCAAGGGACACUUGCAGAGAUGUCCUCAGUCCUUCACUUCUAUGUCCGUCCCUCUGGCCAUGAGGGGGCAGCCUCUGGACACACUCGAAGGAAGCUGCAGGGGAAACUACCAGAGCUGCAGAGCAUCACGACUGAGCUGUGCUACAACGUGAACUGGACAGCGGAGUCCCUCCCAAGCGCUGAGGAGAUGAAGAAGCUGAUGUGGUUAUUUGGCUGCCCCUUGUUAUUGGAUGAUGUUGCUCAGGAGUCCUGGCUCCUUCCUGGCUCCAGUGACCUGCUUCUGGAGGUUGGGCCCAGGCUGAACUUCUCCACCCCAACGUCUACCAACAUCGUGUCAGUGUGCUGGGCCGCUGGGCUGGGGGCUGUGGAUCGUGUGGAGACUACCCGGCGCUACCUGCUCUCGUUUGCCCACCCCCCUUCAGCUGAGAUGGAGGCCAUUGCUGUGGCUACCCUGCAUGACAGGAUGAUGGAGCAGCACUUCCCCCAUCCUAUCCAGAGCUUCUCCCUUGGGAGCAUCCCAGUACCACUCAACGGCCCUAUCAACAUACUGACCGAGGGCCGGCCUGCCCUGGAGAAAGCCAACCAGGAACUAGGUCUGGCUCUAGACUCCUGGGACCUAGAUUUCUAUACCAAGCGCUUCCAGGAGCUACAGCGGAACCCCAGCAUCGUAGAGGCCUUCGACUUGGCUCAGUCCAACAGCGAGCAUAGCCGACACUGGUUCUUCAAGGGCCGACUCCACGUGGAUGGGCAGGAACUGGCACACUCACUGUUUGAGUCCAUCAUGAGCACCCAGGCCUCUUCAAACCCCAACAACAUCCUCAAGUUCUGUGACAAUAGCAGUGCAAUCCAGGGGGAGGAGGUCCAAUUCCUACGGCCUGAGGACCCCACACAGCCAAGCCGCUUCCAGCAACAGCAGGGGCUGAGACACGUGGUCUUCACAGCAGAGACACACAACUUCCCCACAGGAGUAGCCCCCUUCAGCGGUGCAACCACAGGCACAGGGGGCCGUAUCCGAGAUGUCCAGUGCACAGGCCGCGGGGCCCACGUGGUAGCUGGCACUGCUGGCUAUUGCUUUGGAAACCUGCACAUCCCAGGUUACACUCUGCCCUGGGAGGAUCCGAGCUUCCAGUAUCCUGGGAACUUUGCCCAGCCUCUGGAGGUUGCCAUUGAGGCCAGUAAUGGAGCUUCUGACUACGGCAACAAGUUUGGGGAACCAGUGCUGGCCGGCUUCGCCCGCUCCUUGGGCCUCCAGCUCCCAGACGGCCAGCGGCGUGAGUGGAUCAAGCCCAUCAUGUUUAGUGGGGGCAUUGGGUCCAUGGAAGCUGAGCAUGUGAGCAAGGAGCCCCCAGAGCCAGGCAUGGAUGUUGCAAAGGUUGGGGGUCCUGUCUACAGGAUUGGAGUUGGAGGUGGAGCUGCUUCGUCUGUGCAGGUGCAGGGAGACAACGCCAGUGACCUGGACUUUGGGGCUGUGCAACGGGGAGACCCAGAGAUGGAACAGAAGAUGAACCGUGUGAUCCGGGCUUGUGUGGAGGCCCCCAUGGGAAACCCCAUCUGCAGCCUCCAUGACCAGGGUGCUGGUGGCAAUGGCAACGUCCUGAAGGAGCUGAGUGACCCCGCGGGAGCCGUCAUUUACACCAGCCGCUUCCAGCUCGGGGAUCCGACCCUGAACGCCCUGGAAAUCUGGGGGGCUGAGUACCAGGAGUCGAAUGCACUUUUGCUGAGGCCCCCCCACCGGGACUUCCUCAGUCGUGUCAGCACCCGGGAACGCUGCCCAGCUUGCUUUGUGGGCACCAUCACUGGAGACAGGAGAAUAGUGCUGGUGGAUGAUCGGCAGUGUCCUGUGGAGAGAGAUGGCCAGGGGGAUGCCCCUCCAACCCCACCAACCCCUGUGGACCUGGAGCUGGAUUGGGUGCUGGGCAAGAUGCCUCGGAAGGAGUUCUUCCUCCAGAGGAAUCUCCCGGUGCUGCAGCCUCUGGCCUUGCCCCCGGGGCUGAGCGUGCGCCAGGCUCUGGAGCGGGUCCUGAGGCUGCCUGCCGUGGCCAGCAAGCGCUACCUCACCAACAAGGUGGACCGCUCUGUGGGUGGCCUGGUGGCGCAGCAGCAGUGUGUUGGGCCCCUGCAUACCCCUCUGGCAGACGUGGCGGUCGUGGCACUGAGUCACCAGGAGCUCAUAGGGGCCGCCACAGCCCUGGGAGAGCAGCCAGUUAAGAGCCUAUUGGACCCCAAGGUCGCUGCCCGGCUGGCCGUGGCCGAAGCCCUCACCAACCUGGUGUUCGCUCUGGUCACUGACCUCCGGGAUGUGAAGUGCAGUGGGAACUGGAUGUGGGCAGCCAAGCUCCCAGGAGAGGGUGCAGCUCUGGCUGACGCCUGUGAGGCCAUGGUGGCAGUGAUGGUGGCCCUGGGUGUGGCAGUUGAUGGUGGCAAGGACUCUCUCAGCAUGGCUGCCCGGGUUGGCUCUGAGACCGUGCGGGCUCCUGGAUCUCUGGUCAUCUCAGCCUAUGCUGUCUGUCCAGACAUUACAGCCACUGUGACCCCAGACCUCAAGUGUCCUGGAGGGAGAGGCCAUCUGCUCUAUGUCCCCCUGAGUCCUGGGCACCACCGGCUGGGGGGUACAGCUCUGGCCCAGUGCUUCUCCCAGAUUGGUGAGCAGCCUCCCGAUCUGGACCUUCCGGAGAACUUGGUGCGUGCCUUCAGCAUCACCCAGGGGCUGCUAAAAGAUCGCCUCCUCUGCUCAGGCCAUGAUGUCAGCGACGGGGGUCUCAUCACCUGCCUGCUAGAGAUGGCCUUUGCUGGGAAUUGUGGGAUAGAGGCAGAUGUACCUGCCCCUGGGGUCAAUGCGCUGCCUGUGCUGUUUGCCGAGGAGCCAGGCCUGGUGCUGGAGGUGCAGGAGCCAGACGUGGCUCAAGUGCUGAAGCGUUACCAGGAUGCAGGCCUCCACUGCCUGGAGCUGGGCCACACGGGCGAUGCCGGGCCCCACGCCGUGGUCCGGGUGUCAGUGAAUGGGGCUGUGGUUCUGGAGGAGCCUGUUGGGCAGCUGCGAGCCCUCUGGGAAGAGACGAGUUUCCAGCUGGACCGGCUGCAGGCAGAGCCGAGCUGUGUGGCCGAGGAAGAACAGGGGCUGAGGGAGCGGACAGGGCCCAGCUACUGCCUGCCCCCCACCUUUCCCAAAGCUUCCGUGCCCCGCGAGCCUGGAGGUCCCACCCCCCGAGUCGCCAUCAUGCGAGAGGAGGGCAGUAACGGAGACCGGGAGAUGGCUGAUGCCUUCCACUUGGCUGGGUUUGAGGUGUGGGAUGUGACCAUGCAGGACCUCUGUUCUGGGGCAAUCGGGCUGGACACAUUCCGCGGCAUAGCCUUCGUGGGUGGCUUCAGCUUCGCAGAUGUCCUGGGCUCUGCCAAAGGGUGGGCGGCUGCGGUGACCUUUCAUCCACAGGCCGGGGCUGAGCUGAGGCGCUUCCGGAAGCGGCCAGACACCUUUAGCCUGGGCGUGUGUAACGGCUGUCAGCUGCUGGCUCUGCUGGGCUGGGUGGGAGGCAAUCCCAAUGAGGAGGCAGGGGAGAUGGGCCUUGACUCCUGGCCAGCCCAGCCCGGCCUCCUGCUGCGCCACAACCUGUCUGGGCGUUAUGAGUCUCGCUGGGCCAGUGUGCGCGUGGGGCCUGGGCCGGCCCUGAUGCUGCGAGGGAUGGAGGGAGCCGUGCUGCCUGUGUGGAGCGCCCAUGGAGAAGGUUACAUGGCAUUUUCUUCUCCGGAACUGCAAGCCCAGAUUGAGGCCAAGGGCUUGGCUCCACUGCACUGGGCAGACGAUGACGGGAACCCCACAGAACAGUACCCUCUGAAUCCCAAUGGGUCCCCAGGGGGCGUGGCUGGCCUCUGCUCCCUUGAUGGCCGCCACCUGGCUCUCAUGCCUCACCCUGAGCGGUCUGUGAGACCUUGGCAAUGGGCAUGGCGACCCCCACCAUUUGACACUCUGACCACCUCCCCCUGGCUCCAGCUCUUCAUCAAUGCCCGAGAGUGGACCCGGGAAGGAGGCUGCUGAGCAGGCCAGGGAGGCUCACCUGGGCCUCAUGCUUUGUCCCCAGUGUGUCUGCUGCCCUCUCCCUCGCCUCAUGUUACUUCCAAAUGUGUCUUGGACAGACAAGAACCAAAAAACCUCAGCUAAUUUUAUUAAUCUGCCCGCUUAUUUUCUAUUUUUUUUAUUGAGGUCAUAUUGGUUUAUAACAUUGUAUAAAGGUCAAGUGUACAUUAUUAUAUUUCAGUUUCUGUAUAAACUGCAUCGUUUUCACCACCA